AUGACAAACCCACAAGACAACCCUAGAACUCCUCCACAGCCCACUCCCUCUGAUUCAUCUACCUCUCCUCCACCUAGCACAACUCCCAAACACAGGCUGAGAAGGGUAAAAAUGCUUGCUCGAAAAACAGUAGCUUCUGGGGCUCUUUCAAAGAAAUUGAAUGAGAAAUUAAAGGCAAGUCAGGUCCAAGACUUUGAGUCUAACUCUGAUUCUGAGUCAUACAAGUCUGCUAGUGAGGGGGAAGGACCUGGGUCUUCUGACUUGGAGAAGGAUGUGGAAUUACCUGAAGUAGGUAGGAAUGGUGGUAAAAAGAAAUCUGCAAAAGAAAAGGAGAGAGAGGAAAAUGUUGAAGAGAGUGGUAAGAAGUCAGGGGGAAGUGGUUCUGGUAAAGCUGCUGAAAGGUUAGUUAAUCUAAGUUCACAGGGAGAUGAACCUGGUUCAUCAGUUGAAGAGACCCUAGCAGACCUUUUGAAAAAGGCCUUAGCUGAAAGUAAGAAAAAAAGAAUGGAUAAAGGAAAAGGGAAGGUUGCAGAGUCCUCAGAAGCUGUUGAAGUUGAGGAGAUGGAACAGAGGACUAGGUCUGCAGUGAAAAGUAAACAAGUUCGAAUUUUUGAAGAUGAGGAAUGGAGUGGUGAAGAAGAAAAAGGUGAGUCUGAGGAUGAACAAGAUAAGCUUGCCAUGUUUGGCAAAAGAAAAUAUUUGAAGGGAAGAUUGUUGAAAGAUUUGAUGGAACCAGGGAUGCUGAUUGAAGCUCAGAAUAAUGCCAUUGAAGAGAUAAGGAAGAUGAAGGCACUAGGGGUGUUCAUGGAAACACCUGAUUCCAGCAGUUCACAAAGCACAGAGGUUGCCCAUCUGACAAAGGAAAAUGUUGAUCUCAGGAAACAGGUCGAGGACCUGAAGGAGAGGUUGCUUAACGAGCAGGUGUCAGUAAAUGCUCGAAUGGACAUCCUCCUUAGAACCCUUGCCUCCUCAUUUGUGCCUCCCCCUUCUAGUGCUACUUAA